ACUACCGGCGGCAGCAGCGGUGCACGCCGGGAGAUGCAGUCCGGUACGCAGCACGGCCCCGGGCGCCCAGCGGGCUCGGCCCCCGCCGGAACUCCUGGCGGCAGCAGCGGGGCUGCCGGGAGCGAGGGCGGGCAUGCGGCGGCGCUGCGGGAGGAUGGAUCGCUUCGUCGUGCGCCGGCCUCGCUGCCCGGAGAGUACUCGUCGGGCCGGGCCGGCGCCCCGCGCCUACCGGCAGGCCACCCUCGAGUCCCUCAAGAGAGUUGUGGUUGUGGAAGACAUAAAACGAUGGAAGUCUAUGCUUGAGCUUCCUGGGCAACCAAAAGAGAGUCUGAUUGAAGCUUUGGGGGAGCUGAAGAAGAAAAUACCUUCCAAGGAAGUGUUGCUUUCAACAAAAAUAGGUCACACUGUGAACAAGAUGCGCAAGCACGCGGAUCCCGAGGUGGCCAGCCUGGCCAGAGACAUCUACACAGAGUGGAGAACCUUCAUCAGAGAACAUGCAAACAGGCCCUCAAUAGAGGUCAGGAGCAACCCCAAGACUGAGGCUCUGAGGAAGAACGCACGGAAGCUGCUUUGUGAAGCUCUGGAUCUAGAGGUCGAUCACCCCCUGGCCGAAGCCCUGGAGCGAGAGGUGUUCCAGCGCUGCUGCCGCCUGGUGAGCGCACCCUACCGCCGCACCGUGCGGGCCCUCGUCUUCUGCUUGAGGCACCGGCCCGAAACGCGGGCAGAGCUCAGGGCCGGCACGCUCCCUGUGCCUGCCUUCGUGCAGAGCCAGAGCAAGUGACGAGUCCUGCUGGAUGCCAGGGGAGAACCGCACGUGCCUGCAUCCCUGCGGAACCGGGACUCCAUCCUGUGGCGAGGGGAGUGCUGAGAGCACCACUCACUUGGCACCACUCUGUGGACAGGGCUGCUCUGACAAGAGCAGCUCCUGAUCAAAGUGAGGCUGUACAUCUGGCUUGAUGGAAUUCCACCUGGGCUUGCUGCACAAGAAGCUUCCUCCCUCUGCUGUGUAUUUCCUGCUACAAACCCGUCCUUGCUGAAUCACCUGGUUCUCACACCUGGGUUUAGCUCCAUCCCUGCUGUGACUCUUCACAUCUGCUGCUGGGAAAUGCUGAGAAUUCAGGGUAACUGGGCUAGGGGAGGAGAUCCCUGGUGGGUAACUGCACACUUUAGUAACCCUAGGUGAGCCAUUUCUGCUGCAGCUGGGCCACCAGUUAGCCAUGGUGCCAAGCUGGGUGAUGUCCCUUUGCUGCCUUCCAGAGAUGGAUGUAAAAUGGGUGUCAGUAACUUGCUCUCCACCAGUCCAUAGGCUUCGGCAUCAUCUUGGGCAUUUUCUAAAGCCCUGGUGUGAAAAUCAAAAUGCUUUGGAGUGUAGGUGCUACCAUUCAGACUUCACACAGUAUCACAGUAUCACAGUAUCACCAAGGUUGGAAGAGACCUCACAGAUCAUCAAGUCCAACCCUUUACCACAGUGCCCAAGGCUACUUCCAUACCUCAGUCAUGAUUUAAAGGUGCUGUUUCUUACUGUAAUGUGGGGAAAAGGAAUUUUCUAAAUAAAAUCAGGUCCUAAGCAAAACGCUCCUUUGAAAGGCCUUUAAGCCUGAGAGGAGCAUGGUUCAGCAUGACCGCACAAAUCAAA